GAAGAGAACGGAAUAGACUUUAAAACAAAUUUGUUAAGUUAAACAGUUAAAGUUUAAAAUGUCUAAAAAAGAAUACUCGGUGAGCGGUCCGAAUUUUGAGCAGUAUAUCGUGUGCCCCUACGAUAGCGUCCAUCGCAUAAUUCCGGUUCGUUUAUCCUAUCAUUUGACCCGCUGCGCGAAGAAUUUUUCCUCAAGCAAGAUGGUCCGCUGUCCAUUCAAUAGCUGCCAUUUACACUCUGUUUGGGACAUGCAGAAACAUGUCAUCGAGUGCCCGAAUCGGUCAUCCCUAGAGCGCUACAAGUUGCCGGAUAUGCUGCCGCCUGUGGAACCUCGUCCUAGAGAUUUUAUUAUUGAAACCACGGAGGAUUGGGAUGCCGAGCCGCCGGCCCCCACUUACAAUCCCCGAAAAUACUGCGAAAAGGAGUUAAUUAUCCGGAAUCCCCAGGGUAAUCCGCCGGCCGCUCGUCGCGAAUUCCGUGAGCGCGAACGCAGGCGCUUCAUCGAAAAAAAUUAGUUAUAGUACUCUUGUUCCCAAACAUACAUAUAUAUAUAUAUAUAUAUAUAUAUAUAUAUAUAUAUAUAUAUAUAUAUAAGCCUCUAAUACUAAGCCACUUUAAGUUAUUUACACACAUACAUACAUAUGUAUGUUUGUGCAUAUGUAAUCGAACACAUAUUAAGAAGAAGCAUUCGUCAGUUUUUUUUUGUUUGCGUUGCUCAGCAAUUUUUUUGAUUACCUAUUUCUAAGAAAAAAUUGGAAACUUCGAAAGGAAUUCUGGGAAAUAGUUUAAAAUAUAAAUGCAUAAGAAUAUAAUGUAAAUUAAAAAGUUUUUAGUUAUUAAUUUUUUUUCUUCUCACUUUGCUCACGAAAUACUUUGUUAUUGAUUAAAACAUACAUAUUAUUCUAUCAAAUCACAUGUUCUCUAAAUUUUAUUAUAUGAAUAAAACUAUGUAAAUAUUCUCUAAAGCACAAGGAA